AUUUUGUUCUUUGUAAAGCCGACUUUUUAUCAGCCUACCCUCGUAAAACAGAGAUUAUGAUUUGUAUUCAAAGCUUGCUUCAAACUGGAUGAGGUCUAUUGCUUGUACCCAAAGGAAAAUUCCGGAUUUUCCGGACGUUUGAGGAACAUAUGACAGCCGACGUCGAAGUAAACGCAACAGCGUCAUAGUUAUGUCACCGAUAACCGAUGAUAAGAUCGUACGCGAGGCCCAUUGAACGCGACUUGCGAAAGCCCCUUCUUCGAAAGCGCCCUCGUGUUCCUUCGGCGCCGACGAGUAUCCGGGAGACGAUUAUCAGCCCCGGAGGCCAGAGCAAACAAGCCGAGCGUACCGAUUCGACUCAACUGCAGCGCACGCGGAGGCGUCUUCCCGCGUCUAUAUCUGUGAGAGCUCUGGCCCUUGGCUUAUUCGUUGGUCAGUCGUGGAGGCGGAACGACGUGUUGCUCAUUAAAUAAACCCGUCCGUGUCAGAAGCGUUUUGUCGUUGGAGAGCCGUGUGUAAUGAAAUUACCAAUGGACCAGAAGCGUCGCGUUUGCGUAAUUGGAGCUGGUACCGCCGGCCUGUGCGCCCUGAAGAACUCCCUGGAGGAGGGCCUGGAUGCGGUGGCCUACGAACGUGGAAGCCAGAUUGGGGGAACCUGGAUCUUUUCGGAGGAAAUGCCCAAGGACGACUAUGACGAAGUGCACAGCAGCAUGUACGAGGGGUUGCGCACCAACCUCCCGAAGGAGGUCAUGGGCUAUCCGGACUACUCGUACCCGGAAGACAUAGCGGAUUCCUUCAUCACCUCCCAACAGGUUCUGGACUUCCUCCGCUCGUACGCGGACCACUUCAAGUUGCGUCCCCACAUCAAGCUGCAGCACGAGGUGAUAAGAGUGCGUCCUCGGUUGGAAGACUGGGAGGUCUACGUUUGGGAUCACAGUACCAACACCUGCGAUCCGGUCUACUUUGACUUUGUAUAUGUCUGCAACGGUCACUACACAGAGCCGGAUGUGCCGGACAUCCCCGGAAUGGAGCUCUUCGCCGGCAAAACCAUGCACAGCCACUUGUACCGAAAAGCGGAAAAAUUCACAGAUGAAAAGGUGUUGAUCGUCGGGGCAGGACCCAGUGGCAUGGACAUUACGAAUCACGUCCGUGUCGCGGCAAAGCACGUCUACUUGAGCCACCACUUGCAAACCACCCCGAACACAGCCUUCAUGGGCAAUGUCACUCAGAAACCGGACGUGCAGCGCUUCACAAAGGAAGGUGCCGUCUUCACAGACGGGAGCAGUGAGAGCUUCGACCACGUCAUGUUCUGCACUGGGUACAAGUACACAUUCCCUUGCCUCAGCACCGACGUGGGCAUCCAGGUGAUCGAUAACUUCGUGCAGCCACUAUGGAAGCACUGCAUCAACAUCAACCAUCCCACGAUGGCCUUCGUGGGACUGCCCUUCAACGUGAUCCCUACCCACAUCUUCGACAUGCAGGUCCGCUUCACACUCAAGUUCUUCACUGGACAACGGGAGUUUCCGUCGCGAGAGGAGAUGCUGGCCGAGCUUGAGAAGGAAAUAGGGGAGCGGUGGGGCUGCGGAGUGCAUAACCGGAAGAAGGCCCAUCAGAUGGGGGAGCGACAGUUUGUCUAUUACAACGAGCUGGCUCGGAUCGCUGGCAUCGAAAACAUCAAGCCGGUGAUUCACAAGCUGAUGAAGGACUGCGGCAAGAAGUACAUAUUCGAACUGGACACCUACAGAAGCAACCGCUACACAAUCGUCGACGAUGAGAAUUUUUUGAAGAACGGAAAAGCUAGUGCUUGAUUUUAAUGUCUGGACUAUUUGUACUCUAAAACUAACUCAAUAAAUUAUAAAAAAAAGUGCUAAA